CUACUUUCUCUGAAGGUUCCUUACACAGUUACAGCGACUAAACUCCUGUAUUUAACGAGGACCUCACCCCCUCACUGAUUCUUCAAUCUUCAUGCUUGCUCUGUAAUAAAACUUCAAAGAAAAAAAAAUCACUGCUGCUUGUGAAAGACUGACUGAAGAUCCUCUGCAACAACUUUAGGGUUUUGUCUUCAGGAUCUGAUUUCAGUAAUAUAUGGGUUCCAUUAACAAUUUCAUAUUUGAUCAAAGCUCAGUUCCCAUGUGUUCAAGUCGUAAUCUUGUUAAUGGGUUCAAGUUCAAGAAUGAUGUCGUCGAUCCUUAUAAUCUGCCUUCGAUUCCGACCAAUCCACUCAGUCCUAGUUCUGAAUUAACGUCAUUUUCCGAUUCCAUCUUGGAGGGAGAUUCUUCGGACAACAGUGAUGUCUCUAAUAAUGUUGUUAUCAAGUACAUAAGCGAGAUUCUUCUGGAAGAAGAUUUACAGGGGAAGACCUGUAUGUUGCAGGAUUGUUUGGCGCUUCAAGCUACUGAAAAAUCUUUCUACGAUGCCCUUGGACAGCAAUACCCUCAUUCUGUGACUCAAUUUACUUCUCGUUGCAGUGACAAUCUUGACAGCCCAGAUGGGAAUUCAAGCAGUAUUGAAAGCAGUAUCAGCUAUGCUAUUGCAAACAAAUUUGAAUCCUCUAAUGUUCUAUCUUCUCUCACUGACUCUCCUGAGAGCACUUUUAUGAGGCCAGACAUAUUUAGUGAGGUGAAGUCCUUUGGUGAUUCUUUCACUUUUGCUUCAAAGAGUAACUCAUGGAAGCCUUUGAUGGCCAACGAAGCAGUGAUUCCGAGUGGAAGCAACAUUUCUGAAUCAAGGCGAAAAAAUAAUCAUGACCGCGAGGACAGUGAUUAUUUAGAACAGGAGAGGAGUCACAAGCAGUCUGCGGUGUCUCUUGAAGAAUCUGAACUAACUGAUAUAUUUGAUAAGGUAUUGCUGUGUCAGAGUGAACCCAACAGGUCUGCACCCUCCGUUCUUCAAAGCUUAUCUCAAGAUGAUGAAGGAAAAGGGAAGUUGCAGCAAACAAAAGGGUCUAGUGGUCGAACAAGGCGCUCGAAGAAACAAGGCAAUGGCAAGGGAGUGGUGGACCUGUGGACUCUUCUCAACCAGUGUGCACAAGCUGUGGCUAGUUAUGACCAAAGGAAUGCAGCUGAGUUAAUAAAGCAGAUAAGGCAACAUUCUUCUCAUAUAGGUGACGGAACCCAGAGAAUGGCUCGUUACUUUGUCGACGGCCUUGAGGCACGCCUUUCGUUCACUGGUACACCAUUGUAUUCCCCCUUGUUGGGGAAUAGAGUAUCAGCCGCUGAAAUCCUAAAAGCUUAUAAGGUGUAUGUGGAGGCUUGCCCCUUCCUAAGAAUGUCGGAUCUUUACGCUAACAGAGUGAUUAAGAAACUGGCAGAGAGAGCAUCAAAGCUACACAUCAUAGUUUUUGGCGUUGGCUAUGGUUUUCAAUGGCCUUGCCUUAUCCAAGGUCUCUCAAAGAGGCAUGGUGGACCUCCUAAGCUCUGCAUUACCGGAAUUGAGCUUCCCCAACCAGGUUUUAGGCCAGCAGAGAGGGUUGAAGAAACCGGGCGCCGCUUGAAGAAAUACUGUGAGAGAUUCAAUGUCCCAUUUGAAUACAAGGUCAUAGCACAGAAAUGGGAGACGAUCAAAUACGAGGAUCUAGAGAUUGACAGCGAUGAGAUGAUUGUUGUCAACUGUUUGUACCGGUUAAAGAACAUACCUGAUGACACCGUAGCAAUGAAUAGCCCGAGAGAGACUGUUCUGAAGUUGAUUAAGAGAAUUAAUCCUGAUAUUUUCAUCCAUGGUGUUGCUAAUGGGACAUAUAAUUCUCCCUUCUUCAUCACAAGGUUCCGCGAAGCACUCUUCCAUUACUCUGCACUGUUUGAUAUGUUUGAUGCCACCACACCUCAGGACAAUCGUCAGAGAAUGUUGUUUGAGAAAGAAAUGUGGGGAAGGGAUAUCAUGAAUGUCAUAGCAUGUGAAGGCACUGAGAGAGUUGAAAGGCCAGAGACAUACAAGCAGUGGCAAGUGAAGAAUCUUAAGGCUGGCUUCAGACAGGUUCCAUUAGAUCAGGAGAUCAUGAAGGUAGUGAGGUCUAGGGUGAAAUCAGAAUAUAACGAGGAUUUUGUCGUCGACGAGGAUGGUCAAUGGAUGCUGCAGGGAUGGAAAGGGAGAAUAAUCUUUGCUCUUUCAUGCUGGAAACCUGUUCAGGAUUAACAGAACCACUACUUGGUUAACUAUUAGUUAUUGUGCUAGGAAGGCUUCUUUGUUUAUUGUUUAUGUAUGGCAAUAUUAAUGUAGUUUCUGGUUUGAGUAUCA